AUGUCAUCCAUUCCCUCAGCUUGUAAUACCCUCCAAGUAUCACCUUCAUCCAGAGAACACACCUGUGACCCUGUUGGGUUGAUUUUGAGCCAAAGUGGAUGUUUAACACAUGAUCAUGGUCCAAUGUUGGGACCUGAGCUCGGCCUGAUGGAGAUGUCAGAGGUUGAAUACACACACCUCCAGCACCUCAUCCAGACACACGUGGAGGCCCACAUUGCCCCUCCAGAUUUGCUAGAUGCCAGAUCUCACCCCAGUCCUACAGAGAUGGUUAAAGACGCUACUGAAUCCACAGUGCUAUCCCCCUACAUGACCUCUCAAGCUAUUGACCUAUCGACUUCAACUGAUGAACACUGUCAGGUGAUGCCAGGAGAAAAGACUCCAGCGUCUUAUGGAGAUGUCCCAGGUUUUGUGCUGGCCAGAGUCAGAGGUGAAGACAGCCCGACCGCCAACAGCAGCACAUCUUCCCAGAAGCGAUCCAGAUCUGCUGCUAGAGUUUGCUUGGAGAAUAGGUUUAACACCAUGUCUGCUGACACCCCAAGACAGCAAGAUAUUCAGUCUGCAGUCCUCAGCAAUUUUUGGACAAUACUUCAGCAGUCUGUAGAGGCUCAAGAGGCAGCCGUACACCCUCAAAUGCAUAAGUGGAUGAAAACUGACAGAGCAAAUCCUUUUGAUGUUUCCAGCCCAUUUGUAGGCGGUGCAUUUAAUCCUGUCAACAUGUGUGAACAAGUGAUGGGCCAUAUUCCUCACAUGGUUGAACCUAACAAGCACCCCAACCCCAAGAGUUUCUCAUUUAAUUUCUGCCCGGAGAGGGUUGUUAGAAAAGCUCUCUUUACAAGUGGCUGCAACUCAACAGAGGAGCAGCAGUUGAUGAACAUAGAAAAUGAUGUGGUGACAUCUGCUGCCUUCAGGAAGCAUGGUAGCACCCACAGCUCUCAACCCAUCAAGGCUGCUUUGUCUGCGCCAGACUCCGCUGGUGAAUCAGGGAGCAGCUCCAAGAAAAGAGCUCGAGCUCAUAUGUCACUUAUUCAGCGCAAGGAGAGACACAACAGUAAAGAGAGGGAACGCAGGAAGAGGAUCCGUUUGUACUGCGAUGAGCUGAACAUGCUGGUGCCAUUCUGUGAGGUGGAUACUGACAAAGUCACCACUCUGCAGUGGACCACUGCCUUCCUCACAUACAUCAACAAAACAUAUGGAGACACCUUUAAAGAAGAGUUUCAGAAGGCAAUCACUGAUGGGAAAGGACACUUUCUAAAAUCCAGACCUUCUUCAGGCCAGGACACAAUCCACCGGGAGAUGGACGAGGCACUGAGCAUUCCUCUUACGGUAGAGCAAUGA